ACGUUCAUUAAAAAACAGAGUUUCGGAGUGAAUCCAUGGUCAUGAGUUUACCGCAUUUUUUUCCAUGAGUAUUUUUUUAUUUGUACAACGAUUUUGAUAAUGCUUGCAAUCUUGAAGACUGCCAAAUCCAAAAUUUUAAUUCCACCUGUGGUUCUUAAAAAUGCAUUUGCAGCCCAAAGAACAUAUAAUCAGGGUGAAAUAGACUUGGAAAAUAUUUUGCGAAAAAAUUUGGAUGUCAAAGAAAUUGAGGUACAAGAUAUAUCAGGGGGCUGUGGAUCCAUGUAUCAAAUAUUUAUAUGUGCAAAUGAAUUUCGAGGGAAAAGAAUGGUUCAACAACAUAGAAUAGUUACAGAUGUUUUAAAAGAGCAAGUUAAAAAUAUGCAUGGAUUAAGAAUAACAACUGCAGUUCCUACUGAUUAAAGAAUUCGAAUAAAGAAAGAAUUUGCAUGGAAAUUCAAAGUUUUUUAAAUCGAACUAAAAUAUACAGAUGACUGCAAUAAAUAAUAUCAUUGUACAUGAAUUAUGUGCAAUUCACUUUGAAUUGAUCAAAGAUGUUUUUGAAGCAACAAUUACUGUAACAAAAAGUUUCAAAAUUUUUCUUUAUUUAAAAGUAGUGUUUAGAAUUUUUUUUUGACUGUAUAACUUAUUGUAAUUUUUGAAUAAAUUUAUUUUUACUUUUAAA